UGGGGUGAGAUAGUGGUAUCCUCCAUCAGGUCUCCAGAUAGUCUGUGUGGAGCCAAACCCUGAGAAGAAGCUUCGGGACGAACUAGACAGCAAAAGGGACGAAUGUGUGACUUCACUCUGCGCUGUCAUGGUCAAGAAGUGGCCAAGGAGACACUUGACUGAGCGCUCUUACCCGGUGUCUUCCUGAGGUGCGCUCAGUUGUGAAACAUUAUGAAGGCAUCUGAGGGUCCCAGCGUGUCACGGUGACAGCAAUGGAUCACUUUUUUCGUAGAAAGCGGAUCCCCGCUUUUCUGAAACCUCUGUUGAGUCUGUCUCUGAUCUUUGCGUCUUUUCUCAUGAUCCAAAAGCUGAAACUGUCGGAGAAAGACGCAGUGGGGGUUAAACAUGUGAGGGAUCCGGCCUGGUGCGGCUCUGAGUGUUUUUCAUUCAAGAAGACAGUUCUGACCAGUUCGGGGACCUCAGAUUCUCCCGUGUCCGUCAAGGAUUUGGAGAUACAGCGGGUCCCGAAUGUAACUCGGUCUUCUUGGGACGCGCAGGUUCUCAACUGUAGCGCGGACGCAUCGGUGAGGACCCAGGACUGGUUCCGGCGCUUGGACCAGAGAUUUCACCAGUUUGUGCUUCACAGACACUGCAGGUAUUUCCCCUUGCUCAUCAAUCACCCGGAGAAGUGCGCCGAUAGAAACGUUCACCUCCUUGUGGUGGUCAAGUCCGUUAUCGAGCAGCACGACCGGAGGGAGGCCGUGCGUAAAACCUGGGGGAAGGAGCAAACCGUGAAUGGGAAGAAAAUUAAAACUUUGUUUUUACUCGGAAGCCCAAACACUGGCAAAGACGCCAAGAACCUACAGAAACUGAUCGAGUAUGAGGACCAAAUCUUUGGGGACAUCCUGCAGUGGGACUUCAUGGACACUUUCUUCAACCUGACUCUGAAAGAGGUAAAUUUUCUCAAGUGGUUCUAUAUCUACUGCCCCAAAGUGCAGUUUAUAUUUAAGGGGGACGAUGAUGUGUUUGUGAACACGCACAACCUCCUGGAGCUCAUCGACUUCAAAGUGGAGCAGCGCAAAGCGGCCAACUUAUUUAUGGGGGACACAAUCUCCAAGGCGAUCCCCAUCCGAAACCGACAGAGCAAAUAUUACAUCCCCAAGGAGUUGUACGACAAGCCGUAUCCACCCUACGUGGGAGGUGGGGGGUUUCUGAUGUCCGCCUAUUUAGCCCGAAGGCUCUUCGUGGCCUCGGAGGGCGUGGAGUUGUACCCCAUUGACGAUGUGUUUUUGGGGAUGUGCCUGCAGAGGCUCCACUUAUCCCCAGAGAUGCAUCCGGGCUUCAGGACAUUCGGCAUUACCAGACGCAGGGCGAGCACAAUGAACACAGAGCCCUGCUUUUAUAAAAACCUAAUCGUGGUCCACAAACUGAGCGCGCAGGAGCUGCUCAGGAUGUGGAGCGUGGUGCACAGCCAAGACCUGAUCUGCGCACAAAAAACUUCGAUAUGAUUGACAGAAAGUAUAAAGUAUAAAGUAAAUGCAUUCACUAAAUCUGAGCUCACGGAAAGUCUUCUUUGGCCGAUCACACUUGAUGAUCUUUACGCAAUCUGCGGAGUCACGUUAAUUUUUCCUUUACCGUUAGACAUGGAAGAUGAACUGAAUUUAAUACUGUGUGUCACAUUAAAACGGUUGAUUUGUUUUCAGCUGACUCGGCAGGUUAGCGCUCUCCUCUCCACUUCUGUAUGGGUUGAUUUUCCGUUUUGUAAAAACCACUAGAGCACAGCUUUUGCAUUGUGAAAGCAUCCGUGUUUCUGUGCCAUUCCAGACUGUAUUGCCUUAAUCUGAAUUUAAAAACGUAUUUAGAGACGUAGAUGUAAUAAACCCACGGGUGUUCGUGCAGGUGCGAAAAAGACUGACUUGUUACAUCUAAGUGUUUCCCUUAAGCUUUCUUUUCCGACUUCAGGAUUUCAUUGCAACGUUCAAGUGCAACAUGCGACUACAUGAUUUACAGCAUAGAACACACAGCUGCAUUCAUAUUUGAAUGAUUAUUUUAUUGAAUAGAAAUUGUAAAUUGUAAAAAUCUAAUUAUGGGUAUUUUAAAGAUAAUAUAUUGGUUCUGUUUUACCUUGUUUUGUAAGAUUUACAGAGGCAGCCUUGAAACCAAAGAAA